AUGCAUCCAUCGAAGUUGCUUCUACGACCAGCUUCGAACGCAAUGGCGACGCGAAAACUCGCCGACUACGCGGGUUUCAGGAGAGUCCUGGACGAAUCGAAGAGCAUCGCAGUCCUUACGGGCGCCGGCGUCUCCGCCGAAUCGGGAAUACCCGUUUUCCGGGGCGCCGGGGGCUUCUGGAGGACGCACAGGUCGCAGGAUCUGGCGACGCCCCAGGCUUUCGCCGCCAAUCCAUCUUUGGUGUGGGAGUUUUACCAUUACAGAAGGAACAUCGCCUUCAAUGCCCAACCGAACGAGGCGCACAAAGCCUUAGCUCUGUACGAAAAUAAAUGCAACAAGGAAGGCAAAAGCCUGACAAUCGUAACUCAAAACGUCGACGGGUUACAUCAAAGGGCCGGCUCCGCGAACGUCGUUGAAUUGCACGGCGCCUUGCAUAAAGUGAAAUGCACGAAUAGCAAAUGUAAAUUCAUAGACGAGAAUUACGACAACCCGAUUUGCGAGGCCCUCAGAGGCAGGGGCGACCCGGCCGAGGACAAUUACGAUCUUCCUUUAAUCGACAAAAAGGAACUGCCGUCUUGUAAACGGUGCAAGCACUUGGUGAGGCCUUACAUCGUUUGGUUCGGGGAGAAUUUGGACGUUAAAGUGAUGACAGCCGCAAGAGAAGCGAUAGAUACUUGCGAUUUGUGCAUAGUCGUCGGGACAUCGUCUGUCGUCUAUCCGGCCGCCAUGUUUGCUCCUUCGGCUGCUGAAAGAGGCGUACCCGUUGCGGAAUUUAAUCUCAACGAAGAGCCCGCUGAUGAGAAGUUCUCCUUCCAUUUUCCCGGUCCCUGCGGCUCGACUUUGCCCAGGGCCCUGGGUGUGGAAUCAGUAUAG